AUGCCUCGAGGAAGAUCAGCCACCAGUGUCCACUCGGACAGCAGCGACAUGGAUAUUGAUGGCAUAGGUAUAGUAUGUGUUUUGUAUGACCAGCAAAAGGGUUAGCUAAUUAAUUCACCAACUAACUUUUUCUCAGAAAUGUAAACAUUUGCAUUUGGUGUACUGCGCUCCAGCUGAAACAGAGAUGGGCAAACUGCAGAGACAGUUCCGGAUCAUGGGGGGAGACCGGCUGGCCUACAGCAUCCAGUCUCAAGAUCACAUCCGCAGACAGCGGUGAGUCCACCGGUACACCACAAAUCACCAUCACAGUGUCUGUGUGUGAAACGCUGUAUGUAUGAAUGUCUAUGCUCGUUGUGAGUCUGUGUUUUUGUAUGUGUAUUAUGUAGGCAGGAGAUAGAGAAUCUUGAGAAGGAACAGGAGGAGCUACAGCGUAGUCUCUGUGUGUCUGAGAGCCUAUCCCGGCGGCAGCAGGACAGUGAGGACGCCCAGACCCUGCGCUCCAUGCUGGAACAGAGGGACGAGGUGGGGGACGAGGUGGAGAUGGAGAGGCAGAGUCAGGCAGAGCUGGAGCAGGAGGUACAGGAGGUUCACACACACACACACACACACACACACACACACACACACACAGCCACACACACAAAGCCACACACACACACACAGCCACACACACAGAACCUUCACCCCCUUAGUGAGUUGAAGAUGCCAUAUCUGUGUGCUGGAGCCAGAUCUCCAUCAUGGAGAGAAAGCUGGCGGAGCUGAGGAGAGGCGAGGUCACUGCUACUCUCAGCCAAAAGUCCCAGUCCCGCCACACUCAGAAGGCAUCACGCACCCUGGAGAACAAACUGGAUAGAGUAAGUAGCAUGUCUUGUCACACUCAGCCCAACACGGAAUUGAAUAGCACUGUUAAACACAGUACUUUAGUACAGCCUGCUGCCUAAUAUUGUCAAACACUGUCAAUGAUCCGUUCUCUGUUAGUCUCUUCACAUCACUGAGACCUGUCCACUAUUACUGUUGCAGGCCCUUAUUCGCUUCAACAAGCAGCUGACUAAAAACAGCCACCUGAGAGAAGACCUGGAGAGUCUGCGUGUGGAGCGGGUCCGUUUCCAGCAGCUCCACCGCAGACUGGACAAGGUCAGGGGUCACACUGAGACCAAUCAGAUCCAGGGACAGAGAGAGGUCACAUGACUCCUGUUAAACCCUGCCCCUUUUCUGCUUCCUGUUCUAGGAGCUGCAGGAGAUCCGGAAAGACAUCGGAGACAUGGUCAGUCUCUCCACUGCUGCAUACGAUGUCAGGUGAGAAAUGAGAGUUGAAUGUGUCUGGCCUGCUUGAUGUGUGUAAGAAUCCUUACUUACAUAUUUCAAGUGUAGGCUACUGUAUUUGUUGCAACCAGUUUGUGUGUGUGCGUAUAUCUAUGGGUUUGCACAUGUACUUAGGUUUCAUACUGUAUAUAUCCAUGGUUCCAUCUGCCUCUCUGUGCCAGGGUGGAGGCCCAGUCUAAGAUGAUCAUGAUGAGGGAGAAGGCAGUAAAGGACCUGUCUCAGUACAGCGCUGAGAUGAAGGAGCUGGAGAGGGUGAUCGCACACGAACGCCGCCUCAAAGAGUUCAUGACCACCAAGUGCAGUGAGAGGAGUGGCCAGGAUGAGGGGCAAGAACUGGGCCGCAGGCAUGGUAUGACUGAGCAUUAGAACACACGCAGUCAUGCACGCAUGCAUGCUUGUGAUGUUUCAUAUUGGAGUUUGCUAUAAAAUUGUAUUUGUCACAUGCGCCGAAUACAACAGGUAUUCACCUUACCGUGAAAUGCUUACUUACAAGCCCUUAAUCAACAAUGCAGUUUUAAGAAAAUAAAGUUAAGAAGAUAUUUACUAAAUAAAUAAAUAAAAAAUAAGUAACACAAUAAAAUAACAAUAAUGAGGCUAUAUACUGUACAGGGGACAGACAUGGCUUGAGAGUGAUAUGUGGCUUGAGAGCGAUAUGUGGCUUGAGAGCGAUAUGUGGCUUGAGAGUGAUAUGUGGCUUGAGAGUGAUAUGUGGCUUGAGAGCGAUAUGUGGCUUGAGAGCGAUAUGUGGCUUGAGAGCGAUAUGUGGCUUGAGAGCGAUAUGUGACUUGAGAGCGAUAUGUGGCUUGAGAGCGAUAUGUGGCUUGAGAGUGAUAUGUGACUUGAGAGUGAUAUGUGGCUUGAGAGUGAUAGGAAAAUACUAGAAUGAAAGUGAUGAUAAUGAUGAAAAAUAUGUUGCUGAUGAUGAUGAGGAUGAUGAUGAUGAUGAGGAGGAGGAGUAUAAUAAUGGCUGUGUGUUUCAGAGGUGAAGGAACAGAGGAGGAUGGACUCUGGGGAGGAGUCAGUGGACACACUGGAGGAAGUCUUCCAGAGGAUCCAGAAUAUCACAGGAGAGGACGACCUGGACAUGCUGGUCACCAGGUUUAUCCAGGGUCAGUCCUGACCUUCACACACACACAUAUUAAUAUGAUACAAACUCCAAACUCUGUCUGUUAUUACCUCUGUGUGCAGUUGAUAUGUGUUCAUGCACCUUUUGUGGUUUUAUUGCUGUGUAGUCGAAGAUCAGAACUUUGCCCUCUUCAACUAUGUGAAUGAGCAAAACAACGAGGCUGAAGCUUUGAGGGACCAAAUUAAUCAGGUCAGUAUGAAGUUGCUUACCUUGAAUGCACAGUUCAGUCCUCCAUGUAUUCUGACUGUGUGCACAUGCUGUGGGUUGACUCAUAACCCGUAGUCCCCAGGGUUAUAUCUGCGGGGCGGGUGGGUUUAGGGUCAUGAGAUAUUGUGUGGAUGUGUGGGGGUGGGUUGAAUAAAGAGAACAAUGCAUAAAAAAUCCAUAAAUGUAUAAUUCUCGUGCAAUUCAUAUCUAUAGGCUACAUUGAGGUUUUUCUUUCAUUCUUUUUAUUUGGCGUUUUGCGCAGCCUAAGCCUAAGCUUUAGGGCUAACUGUAGCGUGCCAAACACAUACCAAUCGCCAAAUGCUUUCGAGAACUUGGGCAGAAAAAAUUAACGUCUAUCCACUGAGGCAAAAAGGACAAUGUUGGAGUUUAAUUCAAUAAGAGAAAAGGUGCGAAAUGGAGAGAUGAAAAUAAAUAACAGGAAGGGAUUUGGUGAAGUGGUGAAGAGGAUGAUAGCAGUGCCGGUCCCUAAACGUCUUUGCUGCGCGAGAGAAGCAGAGUAGCAAAGAGGAAAGAGAAAAACAGACAUUACCAUGUCAACUAGAUUGAAGCAUUCAUUCUAUUGAUUUAUGACAUUAUUCUGGUGAGCAAGGGUUUAUUUAGUCUUCUACGGCAAAAAAUUAUGACAGAAGAGAAGCUGCAUCCCACUGGGCACACACUGGUUGAUUCAACGUUGUUUCCAAGUCAUCUCAAUGAAGUUACAUUGGACCAACGUCAAAAGACGUUGAAUUGACGUCGGUGCCCAGUGGGAUGUACAGUAUCUUAUUAUAGACAAGUUGAAUAUCAAAUAGCCUACCAAAAUUUCGGAAAUUAUAAGCAGAAACAUAGGCCUAUCUGAAAAGGCUUUUCACUUUAUCACAUAUAGUCAGGCGGCGGCGGAUGGGCUAUUAGCAAUUACGGGUGGGACCAGGUGAACAAACAGCUGACCCGCGCGCAUCACUAACGUGUGUGUGUCAGACCCAGAGGGAGAUGGAGCAGUUUAAUGUGACGGGGCAGCAGCAGGAGCAGGAACACCAUGCUUUGUUGAGAGACCUUGAUCAGCAGCAGAGAGACACAGAGUCUCAGGCACACGAGAAUGAAGUCCUGGCCAGCGCUGUGAGCAAGAUCCUGGACCAGAUAAAGACAGGUACUCUAAACCUCUCUCUCUGAUUCUCUCUGUCUCUCUCUCUCGCUCUCUCUCUGUGUGUGUCUCUCUCUCUCUGUGUGUGUCUCUCGCUCUCUCUCUGUGUGUUUCUCUCUCUCUGUGUCUCUCUGUCUCUCACUCUCUCUCACUCUCUGUUUCUCUCACUCUGUCUUUCUCUCUAUCACUCUUUCUCUCUCUCUCUCUCUUGCUCUCUCUCACACACACACACACACAUACGUACAGAGCUAAACAUACCUUGAUCACCUUUCAUACAUCACAUAUACAGUGACAUGUUAGAGUUACAUUGAGUAUACAAAACAUUAAGAACACGUGCUCUUUCCAUGACAUAGCUUGACCAGGUGAAAGCUAUGAUCCCUUAUUGAUGUCACUUAAAUCCACUUCAAAUCAGUGUAGAUGAAGAGGAGGUGACAGGUUAAAGAAGGAUUUUUAAGCCUUGAGACAAUUGAGACAUGGAUUGUGUAUGUGUGCCAUUCAGAGGGUGAAUGGGCAAGACAAAAUAUGUAAGUGCCUUUGAAUGGGGUAUGGUAGUACGUGCCAGGCACACCGGUUUGUGUCAAGAACUGCAACGCUGCUGGGGUUUUCACGCUCAACAGUUUCCCGUGUGUAUCAAGGAUGGUCCACCACCCAAAGGACAUCCAGCCAACUUGACACAACCCUGGGAAGCAUUGGAGUCAACAUGGGUCAGCAUCCCAGAGGAACACUUUUCGACACCUUGUAGAGUCCAUGCCCCGACGAAUUGAGGCUGUUCUGAGGGCAAAAGGGGGAGUGCAACUCAAUAUUAGGAAGCUGUUCCUAAUGUUUGGUAUAGUCAGUGUAUAAUGAAAGGAAAAAUUGGCCUUCAUACUGAAGUCAUGAUGUUCAUAGUUUGCCUGACUGUUAGUGUUUGUGAUGGGGUAGGAGUGAACAGUGUGUUCCAUAAGAUGGACUGUGAUCGCUCGCUGGUAGAGGACUUGCUGGGCUCGUCCUCUGGCAUACGGGAGAACAACAUCAUGACCUACCUGGGUCUGGUGGAGCAGAGGACCAACCAGCUGCUCACCAUGCAGGCCUUCCUCAGCUCCAGGGUAAGUAACAUGCACACCCAGAAUCACUCCUAUUGGCCCAUAUCCGUCCAGCCUGGUCCCAGAUCUGUUGUGCUGUCUUGCCAAUUCAAGCCAAUGACCAUAGUAGUUGGCAAGACAGCACAAACAGAUCUGGGACCAGUCUACUAUCUGUCUGUAUGUACACACACAUCAUAGACUGUACUAUGUAUGUAACCCUCUCUCUGUUUCUUCUCACAGGAUCUUGAUAAGGAGUAUGACCCAAAAGACCUGGCCCGAUUUCUACUGGGUCAGAACCCUGAGGUUCCCAGACAAAAUAUCAUCAUACAGCCUCCAGUCACUGGGUUGGUACUUUUGUGUUAUGAUUUUAGCUUAUUUACUCUGUGUGGCUAUGUGUCUUACCUGGUGUGUGUGAUUAUGUUCCUCAGAGAUGACUAUGACACAGAGGAGUCUCCUCUCACUGAUGAGGAAGAGCGGCCUCUCUCCCAGGGAGAACUACGAAAGAGAAUCAUGAAAGGGGUGAGCUAUGACAAAUAUUCACUUACAGCUUAAUACACAGACUUCCCUUAAAUAUCCUUGUACAAUAAGAUGUUUGUGGUGUGAAACAUUUGAUCUUUAAUUGUAUUUUCUUUCACCUUGAUCACCUACGUAACUAAUAAGGCUGUCAGUGAAGUUGAAACCAUUGUGACGUAAUGCACUGUACUUUCAAUAUGAAUGCUUUCGCCUAUGUGCCUGUUAUAUGUACAUUUUCCACAGGUCUUGCUAAAGGAGGGAUCAAUGCGUCACGCAGCAGCGAGGAGAAAGAUGAGUGUUCCAUCCAACAGCCGUCGGCGCUCCCUAGAGGCCUGAGAGGAGCGGCACACACAGAGAUAGCCAUGUCCAGACGGUUUUGUCUAGAAGAGAUACAGCUUGGUCAAAAUUUACGCAGCAGUUUAGGAUAAUUAACGUAGCAGGUUAGGAGAACUUACGCAGCAGCUUAGGAGAAUUAACAUAGCAGGUUAGGAGAAUUAGGUUAAGGUUAGGAUAACGGUUAGGAUUAGCUAAAAUGCCAAAAUAAUAUAUACUUUUGACGUCAAUUUGACAAAAUCUAUAUCCCAUCUAGACCUUUCUAGCCGCCCCCACCAGGUGAAGGACCUCAUCCAAGGAAGAAUAGCAGAUUUUGUUAUCUAGUGUUAUCACCUGAAUUUCAACCAUGAUCAAAUGACCAAAUGUCACCAUUUUAGUUCUGAUUUAAUAUAUGAUAGAUAGUAUUACUUGUACUUCUAUAUCUCCUUUUUAAUAAUAUGAUGCUGCAUCAUCAUGGUCUGUUACAAUAUAAGUGCGAUUUGUUUAGCUUGAACUAAUUAGGUUAGGAGAUGUAAAGACUUCUCUCAGUCUCGCAGCCAGCUGGUCUUUUGAUGUGUCACAGGCCAUCUGGCUUUGACUAUUCAAGUCUGGUCUCAAUACACCCCCUGCUGCCCUGCUCUCUGAUACUGAAGUGCUCCAACUGAACACAAGGGGGCAGCAGACCACUGUUUUUCCAAUCAUUGUAGGUUAAUUGAAACUUUGAUCAUCAAUAUUUGUAGGAUAUGUUUUCUCUCUUUUUCAAAUAGAUAAGGAACUACAUAAAUUAUAACAUUUUACUGUGGUCCAAAGAUAAAAUUCCAAACACUUUGUUUGAAUCUUUCUAUUUAAACACCAUGUAGUCUCCUCUGCAGCCACUUCCUCCAUACAAUAGGAACAUUAGGAAAGGAAUAGAUGUAUUUUAAGAAACUUUUUGUCUGAGUUUAUCCAACAUAAUCAACAUUCAACAAAGAGUGUUACUUUAGUUAGGCUAGCUUUGAAAGGUCUCCAUGGAAUGGUCACACGUGGAUUACACACACUUACACAUGACUUAUACACGUCUUUCUACUUUUAGGGACAUCCUUGUAUAAAUGAACAUGGGGAGGAGACAUGUUAGGUCAAUGUAUAGAAGGUUUACAUAAAGACAGAUCUGACAUAUAUGUCUGUCACUGGAGGAGGUGUGGUUGCAUGUGCAUGAUUCACUCCGAAGCUCCACUGUGUGGCUAUGUAAACAGAUUAUACAUGUUAAAAGAGGAGCUAUGAAAACAGAUUAUAAAGGUUAAAAGAGGAGCUAUGAAAACAGAUUAUAAAGGUUAAAAGAGGAGCUAUGAAAAAAAAGGGAGGGAAGAGAUGAGAUGGAGACGGUUGUUUGCUUUGAAACCCAACUCUUACUGAGCCCCCUCCACUCCCAACUAAAUUAUCUGUGCGCAUGGCUCGCUUCAUUGCCAUAGAAACCUUCCCUUUAAUCACAACAACCUAAUUUCCUCCUCCUGACAAAUGCUCCAGAAGGGUAUCCUACAAAGCAGGUUUAAUGACUUAGCCAACAAACUCUAAUAAACAACUACAAAUAACUAUAGAUUGUCUAGUUCAAUAAGAAAGCUACACUUGGAUAUGUGGUUUUGGUUGUUGAGUCAAUUAGACCAUGCCCAUUUCAAGGUUAUCUUUUUUUUUUAAUAUAAUGUUUUUUUCAAAAUAUUUCAGCAAGUUAGCUGGCUAACUCAUUGAUUCUGCUUUGUAGUAUACCCAUCUGAUCUCCCUGGGACACCACCUGCACCAGCCAGUCACCAGCCCAAUCCCAAGGGGCUGGUGACCCCUACGCCCUAGCUACCAGCAGUCCACCACCACACUCCCUACGUCCUACCUACCAGCAGGCCACCACCACACUUCCUACGCCCUACCUACCAGCAGGCCACCACCACACUCCCUACGCCUUUCCUACCAGCAGGCCACCACCACACUCCCUACACCCUAGCUACCAGCAGGCCACCACUACACUCCCUACGCCCUAGCUACCAGCAGGCCACCACCACACUCCCUACGCCCUAGCUACCAGCAGGCCACCACCACAUUCCCUACGCCCUAGCUACCAGCAGGCCACCACCACACUCUCUACGCCCUAGCUACCAGCAGGCCACCACCACACUCCCUACGCCCUAGCUACCUGCAGGCCACCACCACACUCCCUACGCCCUACCUACCAGCAGGCCCCCACCACGCUCCCUACGCCCUACCUACCAGCAGGCCACCACCACGCUCCCUACGCCCUACCUACCAGCAGGCCACCACCACGCUCCUUACGCCCUACCUAACAGCAGGCCACCGCCACGCUCCCUACGCCCUACCUACUAGCAGGCCACCACCACACUUCCUACGCCCUAGCUACCAGCAGGCCACCACCACACUCCCUACGCCCUAGCUACCAGCAGGCCACCACCACGCUCCCUACGCUCUAGCUACCAGCAGGCCACCACCACACCCCCUUCGCCCUACCUACCAGCAGGCCAACACAACACUCCUUACGCCCUACCUACCAGCAGGCCACCACCACACUCCCUACGCCCUACCUACCAGUAGGCCACCACCACACUCCCUACGCCCUACCUACUAGCAGGCCACCACCACACUUCCUAGGCCCUAGCUACCAGCAGGCCACCACCACGCUCCCUAUGCCCUAGCUACCAGCAGGCCACCACCACGCUCCCUACGCCCUAGAUAACAACAGGCCACCACCACGCUCCCUACGCCCUAGCUACCAGCAGGCCACCACAACGCUCCUUACGCCCUAGCUUCCAGCAGGCCACCACAACGCUCCCUACACCCUAGCUUCCAGCAGGCCACCACCACACUCCCUACGCCCUAGCUACCAGCAGGCCACCACCACACUCCCUACGCCCUAGCUAUCAGCAAGCCACCACCACACUCCCUACGCCCUAGCUACCAGCAGGCCACCACCACACUCCCUACGCCCUAGCUACCAGCAGGCCACCACCACACUCCCUACGCCCUACCUACCAGCAGGCCACCACCACACACCCUACGCCCUAGCUACCAGCAGGCCACCACCACACUCCCUACGCCCUAGCUACCAACAGGCCACCACCACAAUCCCUAUGCCCUAGCUACCAGCAGGCCACCACCACACCCCAUACGCCCUAGCUAACAGCAGGCCACCACCACACUCCCUACGCCCUACCUACCAGCAGGCCACCACCACACUCCCUACGCCCUAGCUACCAGCAGGCCACCACCACACUCCCUACGCCCUAGCUAUCAGCAAGCCACCACCACACUCCCUACGCCCUAGCUACCAGCAGGCCACCACCACACUCCCUACGCCCUAGCUACCAGCAGGCCACCACCACACUCCCUACGCCCUACCUACCAGCAGGCCACCACCACACACCCUACGCCCUAGCUACCAGCAGGCCACCACCACACUCCCCUACGCCCUAGCUACCAACAGGCCACCACCACAAUCCCUAUGCCCUAGCUACCAGCAGGCCACCACCACACCCCAUACGCCCUAGCUAACAGCAGGCCACCACCACACUCCCUACGCCCUACCUACCAGCAGGCCACCACCACACUCCCUACGCCCUAGCUACCAGCAGGCCACCACCACACUCCCUACGCCCUAGCUACCAGCAGGCCACCACCACACUCCCUACGCCCUAGCUACCAGCAGGCCACCACCACACUCCCUACGCCCUACCUAACAGCAGGCCACCACCACACUCCCUACGCUCUAGCUACCAGCAGGCCACCACCACACUCCCUACGCCCUAGCUACCAGCAGGCCACCACCACACUCCCUACGCCCUAGCUACCAGCAGGCCACCACAACACCCUACGCCCUAGCUACCAGCAGGCCACCACCACACUCCCUACGCCAGCACACAGCAACCACAGCCCCUACCCUCCCAGGCGCCUACUACCACCAGCCCACACCAGCAGGCCACCACCCCUACUACCACGCCACCACCACAUCCCUACGCACCUACCUACCACGCUGCACCACAGCACCACACUCCCCAGCCCUACUACCAGCAGGCCACCACCACACUCCCUACGCCCUAGCUACCGACCACAGCCACACCCACCCUACUCCUACGCCCUACCUACACCAGGCCCACCACCACACCACCUACGCCCUCCAGCUACAGCAGGCACCACCACACACUCCCUACCGCCCUACCUACCAGCAGGCCACCACACACUCCUACGCCCUACUAACAGCCACACCACUCCCUACGCCCUACUACCACAGCCACCCACCACCUCUACCUACAGUAGCCACCACAGCCACCUACGCCCUCCCUACUCGCACCACCACACACUCCCACGCCACUACCAGCAGCCACCACCACACUCCCUAUCCCUAG